GACCGUACGUAGCCUAGUUGUGCUUGGUAGCCAGCCAGAAGGUCGUCGGCCGAUGAUGGGAGGAAGAACAGUGGCCCCGCCGCUCGUCCUCGCGCUGGUGACCAUCAUCGCCAUCGCGGCGGCCGAGGGGGACGAGGUGAAGUGUGGCGGGUGCUCUCCGUGCGGCGGCGCCGACUGCCCGGUGCUGUACCCGUCGCCGCCCCCGCCGCCGUACUACUACUACAGCCCUCCCCCACCCGCGACCUACCCCGGGGAGUCCUCGUCAUACUACCAGCCGCCGCCGCCGGGCGCGUACAUCCAGAUCGGGAGCGCGCCGCCGGGCAAGGGCCCGCUGUACCCGCAGGACCCAGGGUUCAUCCCGGCCGGCGCGCCGGGCCGCGCCGCGCCGCUCGCGGUCGUCGCUGCGCUCGCGCCGGCGUUGGCGUGCGCAUGGGCCUUAUUGUGAUCUCUAUGUGCUUGACUUGACAAGCGCAGGCGAGCUGCUUAUUCGUCGGUAAGUAACGCGGCGGAUCGUGCCGGCGUUCCACGUACGUACGGGUUAAUUCCCCCAGUGUAUCUACGCAUGCUCCUUGUGAUAUAUAUAAUAAUCUUCAUUGGCCGUCAUUUGGGCUAAGCUGCAGUAGUUCUUGGAAUGUAUGAAUGUUUUUCAUUGGCCGUCAUCUGCUAGUGUAAUAGUGAUAUUUUUCUAUGUGU